AUGCGUAUUAAACAAAUCCAAUGUAAUGCGGCUGCAAGACCGAUAAACAGUGAAUUGGUAAUGUUGACGAUGUAAAUUUGGAAUUAUAUACAUAUAAGCCUAUUGUAAACGCUGUUAUCGCCGUUAUAUUGUGCGAAAAUGGCCACCACAGCAAUGCGAACACAAACAUUAACAGGUUCAGUUGCCACAGAACCAAUUUUAAACAUGAAACUAACAGUUCCCGUACCCCCUCAAAAGGGAGGACCAGGGAAAAUAAGAAACAGGCUUCGUUUAGAUCCAGCGAGGGCAUUAGAACCUGCAAGAAAAAAAAUAGCAACAGUUGAAGCACAGCGAGUGAUGUCAGUAUUUGAGGACACAAUACAAAGAAUAGAAAUUUCCUCAAUGAUCCCAUAUAUUCUUGAAAAUUUGGACAGAUUUAGAAUUAGCUUUGGGAUAGAACUCUGCACCUUGUUAGAAAACCACAGUAUUAUAAUCGGUAGUUACAAUGAGAUCAAAGAACAGCUUGAUAGGCAAAUGCAAAGGAAUAGAAUACGAUCCGCAAGUUCUGUCAGAAGUGAAGCAUCACAAGAUCAACAAAAUGAGAUGAAUGAAACUCAACCUACUGCUGAAGAUGACGAAGAUCAAGAUUCAAAUUAUGGAGGCCAAAGUCCCCCACAGAGUCCUGUUAACAAGCCUCCAUCUAGAGGUAGCAGUGCAAGCAGCCGAAGAUCUAAUCCUUCUGUUGCUAGUUUUGACAGCCAAACAGAACGUACAAUGCGUAGUUUGAGUCUGGUAGCUCAGCAACUUAGUUCCUCAUGUAAAAACAUUCUUAGACAAUUUCAGAUAAAUGGGAGUGCAUUUAAUUCUGUUAAGACCCACUUUCAUGCACGACCUAAAGAGAGUACACAGCUUCUAUCUUACAUGAAUGAUUUGAGAGAUAUCUUAUUGAACAAACUGUUAACAACACCUGAAGAAGAGAAAGAGCGAAUGGCUUACAUUCAGGAAGUUUCAGAAAGAGAGAGAAACAAUGCUACUAUCAUUGCAAAGAUGGAAGAGGAACUUGAUGCUGCAGUUGCAGAUAAAGAAGAGGAGAUGAAGAAGAAAAAUGAUGUGAUCAAGAAGCUACAGACCGAGUUACAACAAAUAAUAAACUUUUCCAAAGAAAAUAUAGGAAGGAUUAAGAAUGAACAGGAUAAACAAGAAUCAGCUGAUAAAAAGAACCAUGAAGGAAAAGUACAAAGGCUUCAGAAUGAAAUUGUACAACUAAAAACCCAGCUUCAAAACCUUGUAUUGGAGCAUAGAGAAAAAGAACAAGAUCUAAGAAGGAUGAAGUUUAAGGUGGAGUCACAAGUUGAAGGUUUAAUUCAGAAAUAUGAUGGUGAAAUGAAUGAGAGACAGGAGGAAUAUGAAGAAAUAGAAGCAGCAUAUAAUGCUCAGAAGAAACAGUUGGAUGAAGUAGAAGAAAGAUUCAAAACUAUGUCAGCUGAAUACGACCAAAUUCAGGAAGAGAGGAGACUGGCUCGUGAGAAACGUGAAGCUGCUGAGCGUGAGAUGGCUCUUAUGGUUAAAGCUGCCACUACAAUCCAAGCUUUCUGGAGAUCAUUCAAAGUCCGUAAAGCACUUAAAGCAAGGAAGAAGAAAGGAGGUGGCAAGAAAGGAAAGAAAUAGACACGAAAAAAAGAGAAUGUUUAUGUUUUUGAAAACUUUUCAAGAAUUAUAAAUUGAAUGAAAGAGUAACAAUACAAUUUCAUUGAUAGAUUAUUACAGUUACCUAAUGAAUAUUUAUUGUCCCAGUAUUCUAAUACCUUGAUUUUAUUUCAUGUAAUUUCUACUAAGAAUCAGUGCUCUUCAAAUCUGUAAAUAUAUCUAUGGGAGCUUUUUUAUGUACACUUAUGAAAUGUGAUGAACACAUAAAAUUGUAAUAAUUAAA